CGAAACCUAUCAGUAGAAUAAAAGCUUGUACGUAAGUUUGUAAGUUUCCCAUUUGCAUCAAUCACACUUCCUGCAGCUCAGCAACUCUACGCAAUUAUUUUUUCGGACAAUGGCUUUUCAUCAGCAGUCACCGUUCUAUAAUCCAAGAAUUCCCUUCACUGGAUCAAUCCAUGGUGGUCUGCAGGAGGGAAAGUCCAUCAACAUCAGUGGACGAGUCCUGCCUGGAGCCGAUAGGUUCCAUGUGAAUUUGCAGUGUGGUUCCAGGACCAAUGCAGACAUCGCUCUCCACAUUAACCCACGCUAUGACAGCUGCCCUGGUUAUGUGGUUGCCAACACCUUUCAGUAUGGCAGCUGGGGCACUGAAGAGAGGAAGCACAACUCACCCUUUCCUGCUGGCUCUCCCUUCAGCCUCAGCAUCACAGUCUCCCGUGAUUUCUACCAGCUGAACGCCAAUGGCAGCCACUUCAUGGAGUACAGACACCGUAUCCCAUUUCAGCAGGUGGACACCAUCUCAGUAGGCGGGAAAGUAGAAAUUUCCUCCAUAGCCUUCCAGGACUCUAUGCCGGCAUUUCCUGCUCAGCCUGCGUUUCCUUCACAUGUAGCCUUUCCAACCCAGGCUGCUUUCCCUUCUUUUCCGGGGUUUCCAUCACAGCCUGGAUUUCCAGCCCAGCCUGGAUUUCCAGCCCAGCCUGGAUUUCCAGCCCAGCCUGGAUUUCCAGCCCAGCCUGGAUUUCCUCCUGCAAUGCCUGCUGUUCCAUACAAGAGCAGCAUCAGUGGUGGACUUAAACAUGGCAGGACCAUCACUAUCCAGGGGACUGUUAAGCCCAAUGCCACAAGGUUUGUUGUGAAUCUCAACCAUCAAUCUGGCAUCGCUCUGCAUUACAAUCCACGUUUCAAUGAGAACUGUGUGGUUCGAAACACCAAGCAGUGGGAGCAGUGGGGCACUGAGGAGCGUGGUGGUGGGAUGCCCUUCCGUCGGGGACAGCCUUUCACGCUGACCAUCUGCUGUGAGAAUCAGUCCUUCAGGAUUGUGGCCAAUGGGAUGCAGGCACACACCUAUAAGCAUCGUUUCACUCCCAUCCAACACAUUACCACCCUGGAGAUAGAUGGUGACAUCACUCUGACCUCUGUGAUGGUGUAGAGGUCCAGGACCUGUGGCUGCUCUUGACAUCUUACUUGCAGCAUGGUUUUCCUGACAACAACCAUUGCAUUUAUUGAUAAAUUAAUGCAGAUUGAUCACUUUUGGGUAUUUACUGAAUAUUGUAUAUUUACUUCCUGCAUAUUCAUUCUACAAAUUAUUAUUCUCGUUUUUAUAUUUUCAUACUCUACACACCUCCUGAAAACAUAUCAGGUCCAGUCAGUUCAUGAGAGAGGUUCAUUCUGUUUGAACUGAGUAGUCAGCAUGUAGGAGAUAAGGAGACAAAUUUAGAAAACAAAAUAAAAACAAACAUUAAUAACUUCUGGAUUUCACUGAUAUCAGACUAAAUGCAUGAAUGCGCCUAACAAAGUUAAUAUGGCCAAUGGUGGAUUUGUCAACAGUUCCAUCUCUAAAAAAAUUAAAACUGUUGUGAAAUACUAUUGCGUCUUAAUUUUGUAAUCAUUUAAGUCUGUGAAACAUUUCAAUUAAAAUAUAUUGUAACAACAUG